GCGGAUUAUCAAUUAAACAGUACCAAUAGGAGUUACACUACAUUGAUGUACUAUGAAGCUCAUGUUAACAAUGAACUGAUAAUUCUUAUCUUGGAUAGUGGAGAACAGAAGCGACCUCUAGGUGAAGUAGACCAAUUUUCAGUAACAGUAGGAGGAAAAACAAUAACCUUAUAUGCUGUUGUGACUGAAGCUGGAAACUAUAUUCCAGCUAAUAUCAAUGAGCGAAUAAUGGGUAAGAUGCUUUCUGAAAGAAAACCCAAAGCAAAGAAUAAAGAAAAAUCAAAUGAAUCUGAUGUUGAAGAAGAUAAAGAAAUCAACGAAUCAGAUGAAAAUGAAGAAACUAACGAAUCAGAUAAUAACAAAGCCUUGUUGAAUCAAGAAUAUUUGUUUUACAAAAUGCAGCCUAUGUUGGAUGGGCCUGCAAAACUAUGUGGAUGUUGUAUAAAGAAGAAAUAUGAUGCUAUCGAUUGUAUUCUAGAAAAGAAGUAG